AUGUUCAUCCAAACCGAGCCAACACCCAACGCCGAUGCCUUGAAGUUCAACCCCAACCAGCGCGUCCUCCCCGAAACAAUCUCCUCCCCCUUCCUCGAGUACCUGAACCCACGCUCCACACUCGCGCCACCGCACCCCUCCCCGCUCGCCGCGCAACUCCUCAACAUCGACGGCGUAACCAGCGUCUUCUUCGGCGCGGAUUACAUCACCGUAACCAAAGACACAUCCACGCCCUGGUCGCACGUAAAGCCCGAAGUUUUCGCCCUCAUCAACGAAUACAUGACGUCCGGCCAACCCAUCGUCAACACCGUCGCCUCCAAGCCCGGCGAGCAAGGCCAGGGCGGCCAAGAAGCCGAUUCAUUGGCCUACGAUGAAAACGACGACGAAGUCAUCGGCAUGAUCAAAGAGUUGCUGGAUACCCGCGUCCGCCCCGCGAUCCAAGAAGACGGCGGCGACAUUGAGUUCCGCGGCUUCAACGACGGACAAGUCAUGUUGAAGCUGAGGGGCGCGUGCCGGACCUGCGAUUCUAGUACUGUGACGCUCAAGAACGGGAUUGAGAGCAUGUUGAUGCAUUAUAUUGAGGAGGUCAAGGGCGUGCAGCAAGUGCUUGAUCAGGAGGAGGAAAUUGCGUUGCAGGAGUUUGCCAAGUUUGAGGAGAAGCUUAGGCAGCAGAAGGGGCCUGAGGCGACGAAGGGGACUGUGGGGAAGGGAAGUCUGGAUUAUGUGGAGUAG